UUUUCUGAUUCACUAGUCCUCACAACUUCUUCUCAUAACCCUUUUGGCAAGAAGGAAGAUUCAGAUUGAGAACACUGCAAUCUCAUAAUCUCUGUCUUCCUUCAUCUUCUUCUUCUUUCUGCAAAAGUUUAUUUAUUCUUCUUAUUCAUUUCAUUCCCUCAAUAUGGCUACCAACACCAUUCAUGGCAACAAUGAAUCUGCUCAACCCAACAAUAUUGCUUCCUCAAAACAACCUCUUCCUCCUGCCAAGACUGUUGAUUCUCAAUCUGUUCUCAGAAGGCUGCAGUCUGAAUUGAUGGCUUUGAUGAUGAGUGGAGAUUCUGGGAUAUCUGCAUUUCCUGAAGAGGACAACAUAUUUUUCUGGAAGGGAACAAUCACUGGAAGCAAAGAUACUGUGUUUGAAGGCACAGAGUAUAAGUUGUCUCUCUCUUUUCCCAAUGAUUACCCUUUUAAGCCUCCAAAAGUCAAGUUUGAAACAACCUGCUUCCACCCCAAUGUUGAUGUCCAUGGCAAUAUAUGUUUAGACAUACUUCAGGAUAAAUGGUCAUCUGCUUAUGAUGUCAGAACAAUUCUUAUAUCCAUCCAAAGUCUGCUUGGAGAGCCAAACAUUAGUUCACCACUAAAUCCACAAGCAGCACAGCUAUGGAGCAAUCAAGAAGAAUACAGGAAGAUGGUUGAGAAGUUGUACAAAUCUGGAAAUUGAUGAAAGAGAAAUGAUGAAGCCACAAUUGUUUUUUGAGGUGUCCUUUUCUGAGGGGCCUGCUUUUAUUUAUAUUUUUAUCAUUAUCAAUUAUUGCAUCUUCUUCUUCUUUUCUUUACAAUUAAAGGUUAAAAGGUUUUGUUUAGUUGUGAAUGUUUGCUUCCUCUUGAUAUUCAUGGGACAAUUCCAUUAUUUAAGUUUAGUAAAGAAACACACAUUCUGCAACAA